AAUUUGAGCCACCCUUUCUGCCGUCUCACAGUGGACACGCGACGCCUGGGGCGAUGGACCCAUUUACGGAGAAACUGCUGGAAAGAACCCGUGCCAGGCGGGAGAACCUGCAGAGAAAAAUGGCUGAGCGGCCCACGGCUGCUGCCCGGUCUGCGGCCCAUGCCAAACGACUCAGGGAGCCUCUCUCAGAAGCAAGUAACCAGCAGCCCCAAUCUGGUGGUGAAGAGAAAUCUUGUACAAAGCCAUCACCAUCAAAAAAGCGCUGUUCUGACAACACUGAAGUAGAAGUUUCUAACUUGGAAAAUAAGCAGCCACUUGACACAGCUGCUGUGAAAUCUUGUUCUCCCAGCCUUGCAUCUCCUCAGGCACAGCCGGCAGCACCUGCUGGGCUCAGGGACUCCGUGGCUGUCCCAGCGUCACUGCUGGGCCCAGAGAGAAAGCUCAACCCGAGUCUGGAAGCAGCUGCAGGCUCCUCUGUUAAAACCCGCAUGCAGAAGCUCGCAGAGCAGCGGCGCCGCUGGGAUAACGAUGCCACAGAAACAUUUUCAGAUGAUGUGCCCCCAAGCUCCCACCUCUCUCCAGUGCCAUCCAAGGAAAAGGUUUCCUCCCCCCCCAAGUCUCCCAUUUCUGGGGCAUCAGCAGCCCCGAUUGGGAGAAGGGGCCGCCUGGCCAACCUUGCUGCCACCAUUUCCUCCUGGGAAGAUGAUGUAAGUUACUCAUCUGCAAAGCAAAACAGUGGACUAGAACAGCCUGGUACCACUUGUUUAUCCAAAUUUUCCUCUGCAAGUGGAGCAUCUGCUAGGAUCAAUAGCAGCAGUGUUAAGCAGGAAGCUACAUGCUGUUCCCAAAGGGAUGGCGAAGCAGCUUUGAACAAAGCCUCAUCCUCCAGUGCUGCUGCUGCCUCUGUGCUUCACGCCUCAGUUUCCAGCUCUGUGAAAGCUGCUGCUUCCCCUGUGAAGUUGUCAGCAUCCAACACCAGUGCUAAGAACUGUGAACUACAAAAUCCUGAGGUGCUGCAAAACACCGUUAGUCCUCAGCAAAUUGAGGAGUCAAAACCUGCCAGGAAGUCCGCCUUAUCCCAGGGAGUUGGGCCCAAAGAAGAGGGAAACAGAGAAAUUUAUCUGCAGUCUCAAUCUAAAGACAAAUCUACAACUCCAGGAGGAAGAGGAAUUAAACCUUUCCUGGAACGCUUUGGAGAGCGUUGUCAGGAACGCAGCAAAGAAAGCCCAGUUCGUAGCACGCCCCACAAGACUCCUGUUGUUACCCCAAACACAAAAGCCAUCCAAGAAAGAUUGUUCAAGCAAAAUGCAGGUUCAUCUACCACCCAUGCAGCACAGCAGCUCAAGCAGGAACGCCAGAGAGAACUAGCAUGUCUCCGCGGCCGAGUUGACAAGGGCCAUUUAUGGAGCGCAGGGAAAGGCGGGGACUCAGCAAGCAAGCAGACCGAAAGCACACAGGAAAUUCAGAGUCAGGACACUCCCCUCAAGAAACAUCAAGUUAGCUCCAAAGCACAGUCUCUCCCAGUAGUAGAGAAGGUGACAGAAAACCAGAUACCAGCCCCAACUUCCAGUACAGAACCUACAGGUUUCACUGAAUGCAACAUGACAAAGUCUAGCCCUUUGAAAAUAACAUUGUUUUUAGAAGAGGAUAAGUCCCUGAAAGUGACACCAGACCCAAAAGUUGAACAGCAGACUGAAGUGGUUCGUGAGAUUGAGGUGAAUGUGGAUGGCGAUGACGCUGGUGAUAUCAACAGUUCAAAAGUGAUUAAUGACCUCUUCAGUGACGUCCUCAAAGGCAGUGACUUGGAUGGGGAGCAGAACCAGGAGGAGAUGGAUGAGGUGAUAGCGGUGAGCGGUGAGGAGCAGGAGGACGCACUGAACAUCUCGUCCAUGUCUUUACUUUCGCCCUUGGCACAGACAGUUGGUGUGGUAAAUCCAGAGAAUUUCACUUCCUCACCUAAAUUAGAAUUGAAGGACACCAGUGUAAGUGAUGAAAGCCCCAAGCCAGGCAAAUUCCAGAGAACCCGCGUGCCUCGAGCAGAGUCUGGGGAUAGCAUUGGCUCUGAAGAUCGAGAUCUUCUUUAUAGCAUCGAUGCGUAUAGGUCUCAGAGAAUCAAAGAAACAGAGCGACCUUCAGUAAAGCAGGUGAUUGUUCGGAGGGAAGAUAUAACUUCAAAACUGGAUGAGAAGAAUACCUUUUCUUGUCAGGUUAACAUCAAACAGAAAAUUCAGGAGCUCAACAAUGAGAUCAACUUGCAGCAGACAGUGAUUUACCAGGCCAGCCAGGCUCUCAGCUGCUGCGUCGAUGAGGAGCACGGCAAGGGCUCCCGGGAAGAGGCCGAGGCAGAGAGACUGCUGCUAAUCGCAACUGAGAAGAGAGCACUUUUAAUUGAUGAGCUGAAUAAACUGAAGAGUGAAGGUCCUCAGAGGAGGAACAAGGCUGGUGUGAUAGCCCCGAGUGGAUUUGCGGCAUCCAGAGGAUCAGUUACUUUGUGUGAUAUCUGCCUGCCUCUGAAAGCGGAUUUUGUUUGUGGCACGGCUCAGAAAUCUGAUGCAGCCAAUUACUAUUACUUAAUUAUGCUAAAAGCAGGAGCUGAGAAUAUGGUGGCCACACCACUAGCAAGCACUUCAGACUCUCUCAGUGGCGACGCUCUGACAUUCACUACUACGUUUACUCUACAAGAUGUGUCUAAUGAGUUUGAAAUAAAUCUUGAAGUUUACAGCUUGGUACAAAAGAAAGAUCCUUCAGGUCCUGAUAAGAAGAAAAAACCAUCCAAGUCCAAGGCUAUUACUCCAAAGAGACUCCUUACAUCUAUAACCCCAAAAAGCGGCCUUCAUUCUUCAGUUAUGGCCAGCCCAGCAGGCCUCCACGCCGUGCGCACCAGCAACUUUGCCCUCGUUGGGUCUUCCACGUUGUCCUUAGCAUCUGUAGGAAGCACGAAGUUUGCUCUUGACAAGGUGCCCUUUUUGUCUCCUGUGGAAGGUCAUGUUUGUUUAAAAAUAAACUGUCAAGUCAAUUCAAGUGUUGAAGAAAAAGGUUUUCUAACUAUAUUUGAAGAUGUAAGCGGCUUUGGUGCCUGGCAUAGAAGAUGGUGUGUUCUUUCUGGAAACUGUAUCUCUUAUUGGACCUAUCCAGAUGACGAGCGGCGGAAGAAUCCCAUAGGAAGGAUAAACCUGGCCAAUUGUACCAGCCGUCAGAUAGAGCCAGCCAACAGGGAAUUUUGUGCAAGACGCAACACUUUUGAACUCAUUACUGUCCGGCCACAGCGAGAAGACGACCGGGAGACUCUUGUCAGCCAGUGCAGGGACACGCUGUGUGUCACCAAGAACUGGCUGUCUGCAGACACGAAAGAGGAGCGGGACCUCUGGAUGCAGAAGCUCAACCAGGUCCUUGUGGACAUUCGCCUCUGGCAGCCGGAUGCGUGCUACCAGCCUAUUGGGAAGCCGUAAGCUGCGGGAAUUGCCACAUCCUGUGGAGACUGUCUUGUGCUAUGUCCUAAAUGUUUCUUAAGAAAACAUACUUUAGAGCAUCAGAUUUACUGAUUGCAUUUAGAGCUUUACAUAGGAAAGGGUUUGUGCAAAUAUUCACUACAUAUUAUGCAGUAUUUAUGUCUUUUGUAUGUAAUAUGUCAACUGCUUUCUGUCAUUGAUAAAUGAUUGGAAGUCAAUUCAUUAUAGUUGUUGUUGCUAAAUCUAAAUUUAAGAGUCUCAUUUUCCUAGAAAUAUAAUUGUUAAGUUGUUUAUGACAAAAUAUUUUUUAAAAGUGUGAAACUCUUGAGUUGUUUUCUUAGGGCUGUGAUCUUGAAGCCGCAGGGUCUUCCAGGGUUGGGACGGACACCUCUGCUUUGGUGAUCCCUUCUCAGGCUCGGUAGGAUUUUCAAAAGUUUGUAAUCAUCUCCUGGUCAAUGACCUGUUAAUGCAAUACUGAAAGAAAAAUUCUAAGGGACUCUAGAAGCAUUGUUAAAAAUGGAGAUGAGCACUUUUUCAAAUAGCAAAUGUAUUAGUUUAGAGCUUGAGGCUUCCUUCAAGAAAAGAUAUAGGCAGGUGACAUUGUGUGAAAUUUGGUGUUAAAUAUUUUAUAUGGGAGAUUUAAUCAUGUGGUUUACAUUUACUCAGCUACAUAUGCAGUGUGGUGCACAUUUUCACAGAAUUCAUGCUUUAUUGAAAUAAUUAUUUUUGCCAUGUGGCUUACAGACUCCCAAACGUUAGCAUAUUAAUUCUGUGGUAUAACAAGAACAAAUGUAAUGAGGAUCCUUUAUAUUAAAAGAAGUACACUUCUACCAAGCUGCUAUAGAAUAAUACUUUGCUUGCCAAAGUUGUCCUUUUUUAUGUCUGUGUAUGAUAGUAUCUAGCAACCUGUUUUGAAAUCAUUCUGAAAAACGUUAAUUCUUAUAUUACCUUUAAAAACCUAGUACCUUUUGUCAUUAUAAAAUAUUUGUACAACAUUUAUCUCAGCUUUUAAGUACACUUUGAACUUCUUUUCUGAAUUGUUAAUUGAAAUUUCAUUUAAAACACUAA